GCUACUUUAGCUGCUUUCUGUUGGCGGGUCACACAGCAAAUUAAACUUGACUGCUGCGACAUAAGCCUGGCUAACUGGAGGGCGCCGGUAACGCUGGAGCUCUCCGAUGGCUAGCGUCGCCCAAACAUGGUCGGCAACAAGCUGUCAGCUGUAAGGUCUGUGCUGCGAAAGGCUCGACAGCUCAAGGACCCUCUCGGUGAGCUCGUCAGCACUGCAAGGCCCUGCCGCGUCGACGGCCAGCAACACACGCACUUCCGGUCGCACCAUGCCGCCGACCUUCCCAAGCAGCAGCUGGAAUGGUGUCUGGACGUGUGCCGGGAGAACAUGGCGGCCUUUUAUGAGCGCGUGUGGUCUUGGAGCGAUGUGAAAAAGAGGCGGCAGUUCACCUCGAGCGCUUCUCGGUUCCUGAUAGCAUAUGACGUGAACGCUGCUCGCGUCCCUGUUGGCUACAUCAACUUCAGGUUCGAGUACGAGGACGGCGAGGCGGUGCUGUACUGCUACGAGCUGCAGGUGGCGCGGGCGGCGCAGCAGCGGGGCCUGGGCCGAGCCAUGAUGGAGCUGCUGGAGCAAAUUGCGUGGGGCGCCGGAAUGAGCAAGGUGAUGCUGACGGUGUUCACCGAAAACGUCCCGGCACUGGCGUUCUACUCCAAACUGGGUUACCGGCUUGAUGAGACGUCCCCCGACUAUAGCCCCGCAAGCGGCAACUGUAGUCCCCUGGAGUUGGCGCACAGCGCGGGCGGCGGUGGCAGUAGCCGGUGCAGUCCGGAGCUUGGCGCGGCGGCGGCGGUGACAGCUACUGGUACGGGCUGCAGUGGCAACCGUAGCGCAAGCGGAAGCCCGGAGGGCGGUGGCAGCGCUGCUGUCAGCAGCAGCAUGGCUGUCAGCAGCGGGAGCGCUGGGGGUGCUGGGAGCGGCGAGGGCAGCGGGAGCGGCUACCACAUUCUCAGCAAGCGGAUUCCAUCGGACUGGCGGGAGGAGGUGAGGCUUCAGCAGGAGGCGCAGCAGCAGCGAGACGUGCAGCGUGCUGAGGUGCAGCAGCAAGUGGCAGUGCGGAACGUGGCGCCCGGGCAUCAGGCUCACGAGGAGCACCAGGUGCACCAGCAAGGCCAGUCGCCGCAGCCACUGCCACAGCAGCUGGCACCGCUGCGGCAGGCAGUGGAGGCCGUGGCUGCCAUGGCAGAGGCGGCCUUGCCUGUGGCAGCAGCAGCGGCCUCGCCGGCCGCAGUCUGCGCCCCGGAGGCCGAGGCUGAAGAGCCUGGCAGUCGGAAAAAGCAGCGCGUAUCCUGCACGCCGGAUGUCACCGGCGCAGGCAGGAGCGGCAGUUGCGGGCCGGAGCUGGAGGACCGCGCUGAGGGAGCAGCGCAAAGCGACGUCGCGGCCACCGCCGGACACGACCUGUCACGGAAUGGCACACCGGUGCCCAUGGUGAUCCAUGAGGGCACGGGUGCUGGUUCUGGCGCCGGUGCUGCAGCGGCUGGGACCUCGAGCACAGAGCAGGAGAAGGCAGAGCAGGUGAAGCCGGGGGCUGCAGAGCCCGCGGCGGUACCGCCGGCGCAGGAUGGCGAGGCCGCGGGGGCUGGCAUGAAGAUAUGUGGAGCGUGCAGCAGCAAUGGUGCAGCGGCCGCUGAGCACAUACCGUAGAGCAGGCACUGUAAUGGCGACAUGAAGCGAGGGAAAGUGCCAGCAUCAAUGUACUGGACUGUGGUGGUGACCGUCAUGACCUGAUGCGUUCGUAAAGUACACCGCGUGCAUCUGCACAUUGAGGAUGCCCGAUAGGCGCGAGUAAGGUGCUACAAUGGUUUUUGUAUGACCACGUCACAACAGACGUAAAGCAUCCAGGUGUAGGCUUAAAUAGGGGGCAAUAGACGCAGGUAGCGGGGCAUACCGUACUGCGCGUAAUUAUUUUAUAUUAAAUAAUUAUCGGAGGCUGAAAAAUAAAAAGUAAAAAUAACUCGGAAAUUAUGAAGGCUCAGGUGAUAAAAAGUAAAAAAAUAUUCGGCCCUGCGGGCCUUGUAAAACUUCUGAGCCGGAGGGACAGACAGGAUUCGUUCCAUGCAUGGUUGCGGCGGACGGCUGCGUAGCGCGGACAGCUGUGAGCGUGUGUGUGUUGGACCCAACCGUGGGCGCCCGCAUUUUGCCGGCAAUGGUAGGGGCAACUGCCAGGGGGGGGGGCCGGGGGGGCUGGUUGGGGUAGGGAUUCGGGCCGAAUUGGGCUGUAUGCUGAAGGGCCGCGUAAGGACUGUGUUUGUGAGUUGUAUCUGCGUUCGUGUGUGGACCCAUCAACUGGCAAAACCCUGGAGCGGGAGCGUGUCCAUAAAAAGUAAAACUAAUUCUGGCGCGGCUGCGCCGCGCUUGGUAAAAAGUAAAAACCCAAAAUAAUAUUUCCAGCCGUGAUAAAACUUCUGGGAGUUAGUCUUCUAAGCGCAGUACGGUAUACGGAACCUUGUGCAAUGCAGCUGGCCCCAAGCGACUGGACCCGCCGAUAGACGUGGCUUUUAAGGGCUACCUACUUAGCGUUUGCUUUUCAAUUCAAGUGCGUUAGGGCUGUGACCAAGGAUGGCUGGGAUUGGUAAUAGUUCCGCUUAAGGUGUUUCGGGCAUACAUCCGACCAGGAGGCGGAACGUUAAGGAUUCAGGAUUCACUCCACUCAGCAUGCAACGUGGCACUGAACGGCACUACGGUACGUCAGGUUCGUGGCGUAACCCAUGUAGAUAAGUUGGCCCGGUCAGGGGGCGGAGAGAAGCACAUGGCCGAAUGUAAAUUGAUGCCGUA